GAUCCGAGAGAGGAAGUAGUUCAAGCAUGGUACAUGGAUGAUAGUGACGAUGACCAGACUCCCCAUCACAGGGAGCCAAAGGAGUUUGUAUCCCUAGAUCAACUUACUGAACUUGGAGUACUCAGUUGGCGAUUGGAUGCUGAUAACUAUGAAACUGAUGAGGAGUUAAAGAAGAUUCGUGAAGACCGUGGUUAUUCCUACAUGGACUUCUGUGAAGUUUGUCCAGAAAAGCUGCCUAAUUAUGAAGAGAAGAUCAAAAACUUUUUUGAGGAACAUCUUCACACCGACGAGGAGAUCCGCUAUUGUGUGGCAGGAAGUGGAUAUUUUGAUGUCAGGGAUCGUAAUGACAAGUGGAUUCGUGUUUGGUUGAAGAAGGGUGGAAUGAUUGUUUUGCCUGCUGGAAUUUAUCACCGCUUUACUCUGGAUACAGAGAACUACAUCAAGGCAAUGCGGCUAUUUGUUGGUGAUCCAAUCUGGACUCCAUUUAAUCGUCCUCAUGAUCAUAUGCCUGCAAGGAAGGAGUACAUUAAAGCUUUCGUGGAGAAGGAAGUUGGUGAUCAUGCUGUUGAUGCUGCAGCCUGAAAUCUUCAUUUACCUCUAAACUUGGACUUCAACAAAAACAUCUCGACUUAAAUAAAGACUCCUAUGCUUAUAUGGUCUGGAAUGCAUGCGUGGUUUCCCUUGGCUUGUCUGUGUUCUUUACUAUACUCGUGUAGAGUGCUUCACCUACUCCGCAAACUCAGUAUCUUUUACCUCUGUUCUGUAUAUGGAAAUAUAGACGCUUUUAGAUAUGGUAU